UUCAUCAAAUAUGACAUUUAUUUCUUUUGAAGUGUAAAUGAUGAAACGUCAUGACGAAAUGGAAGCUAAGUUGUUCUCUCUAGGCUACUUUAUGCUCGUAAAAGCAUGUCAGGUAGCUCUGAAAAAAGCAACGAAUUGGAGAGCUGGAAUUCAAGCAAGACCGAAGCGGGCAGGAAGAAUUUAGUGGCGGACAACUCAGGUCAAAAUUUCACAGUCCCUAAGAAGAACGAACCAAAGAAACUGUCAAGUAGUGUUAGGAUUGAAAGUGAAAACUUGUCUAAUUAUCGAGAUAGAAAAGCGAAAGGCGAAGGCGGCAGCACCCAUGAUUAUGCAAAGAACUUAGAAACUAUAAGAAAUAAAUUAAAAUUGCUUGACAUUAGUCAACGAAGUUCAUCAAUAUCUACGAAUAAUGACGUGCAAGCUCAACGUUCAUCAUCCAGUUUUACUAGCGUCAGUCCGAGAACAGCGGGAUUGCACAUUUCUGCACCAACGUCUACAAAAACAUAUUUUCCAAAUGUCAUCUCAAACAAAGAAAAGAAAAUUGAUGCCGAAACAACUUUCAGCAACUCAUUAUCUUCUUCCAAUAGCUCGCCCAAAAAUGACAAGCUGGUGAAACAUAAACAGGUGUCCGACGGUUCAACUUCAAGAAGUGCCAAAAUUAUUAACAUUUACAGCCCGAGGAAGAAAAUGUACUUUACGUCAUCAUCAAUUUCUAACAGCAGUUCGAACGGUAGUUGUUUUGCACAUUUCGAUAAAGGUUGUCGUCGUACAGUGGUAAAUGAAAAGGCAAAACAUUUACCACAACAUCCAAAGAAGAAAGCAACCUCAAGCGGAUCAACAUCUGGCUCAUCGAGGAAGAGUCAGUUCAAUGAAAUAUCCAAAGCUAAAAGGCGAACAAGGAAACAUUUAAAAAAAAGAGAUAUGUCAAUUGUAGAAGUGCUAAAUAAAGUGUGCAAGCCAAAAUAUGAACAACCCAGUAAUCAAUCUAAGAAAGAUACUUGUGAUAAUGUAUCUUUUUCGACAAGUACAACAGACGAAGAUGAAGAAAUCGAAAAAGAACUAUCAGACGUACCAUUGGCCGUCGAACAUCAAAAUGUGACCUCGCCUUUAAAAACUAAACGUGAGUCGCCAGAACCUUUUAGUUCGAGAAUACAGAAUUUCGGACUUCCGGACUCUGGAGAAUCUUCGAUUAAAAAGUAUAGCUGUAGCAUUGAUCACAAACAGCCUGAAGUUAGACCGAUUACCAGGCGAAACAAGCAAACUAGUCCAUCCAAAGGAACAUCUAAAAGCCUGCCAAUGAAGUCCACUAAAAGUGAAAUCCGAUCUCAGUUACAGAAAAUGUCACAAUCUGCUGUGUCUAAGAACCAAAACCCGAAGAUUAAAAGUUGUACUACUGUAAAAUUAGCAACACCCACAAAUCUUAAAAAACAUACGAAGGUAAAGGAAAAAAGCGAUUGCGUCACAAAAUUAACAACAAUAAAAUCGAGUAGUUCCUUUAACAACACCUUACCCGAACUUUGUAAAGUGAGGAUAGACAGCGAUGUCGCUGUAAAAUCAGCAUCUUUUCGAAAAAUUAAGAAAUCUGUCGAUCGUAUUCAAUCUAAGUGUAUAAAGCCAAAAAUUUUGGAAAAAACUGAAAACUUGACGUUAACUGCAAUGAUUUGCAGUCCCAAAGAAGAGGUAUCUUCGGCUUCAACUAAGUCAGGUACAUCUCCAUCUCAGUUAACUCUAACUUCCCCCACAGUUACUGAACGAAAGUCGAAGAAAACCGUUCCUUCUUACAAAUUCCCGUUUCCAAGUGCAACAAUUCCAAGGGCAUUCACACUAGAAGGUUUGUUGUGUGAUACGGUGAAUAGCCCAUCAAAACAAUCAAAGGUAAAGAAAAAGUCAGCAACACCACCCUGCAAUCCAGUAUCAAACGUUGAUGAUUUAAGGGUUUACAGCACCCAUUUGGACUUGCCCAAUGCGUUUCAUUCAGACAAAAUAAAAAGUUCGAGCUAUUUGAUUCCCUAUUUAAAAAAGAAAAAUAGAAUCCAUAAUACCAGAAGAGCUACGACUGGUGACAGUUCCAUUAAUCGUAGAGGUUUCAGCCAUACAAAAAGUAUACAGUUCACUGUUAGUCCUAAAAAAUGGUUACUUACACGGCAAAGCAAAAGUUUACCAGGAAAGNGAGAAGAUUCAAAUGAAUUGGAGGACCCCAUCGAUCGUGGUAUUCGUGAGGAACUUGUCCAAACUGACCAAUGGAAAAAUGGGGUCUUCUAA